GUUCAUUUUAAUCUUACUUUCGUUUUCAUAAAAAUGAAAGUUAUAUAAUCAUAUAUUUGUUCACAAGAUUCUGCGAAUAUAUGGCGAAUUACGUAUUGAACAAAGAGUAUAAACUUACAAUGUACAUGUUGUAAACACAUAUUUAUAAAGAUCCUUUUUAUCCAAUGUAAACGAUGAAAAUGGCUUUUUCGUCACCUUUAUACCGACGGCCACUUCUGAGCCGACAACACAGAGUUUCUAUACCUUACCCAAAGCUUGGACAGAAGAGAAAAUCGCAUACAUCGGUAACAUCUGAGGAAAACAAAAGAGUCAGGUGUAAUGCAAGUCAGCAGUUUUGCAUUAACAAUCACAAUAUGACAUCAAGGGACGACGUCAUGAAUGCCAAAUGCAUUCUGAAUGAAUGGAAACAACAAUACGAGAAAGUCAUAGAGUAUAGAGCACAGGAAAGUGGUCCAGAUCAUGAAAAGUGUUUUAAGGUAAAUGUAUAUAUUGAUGGUGCACUGUGUGGGACUGGUAUUGGGUCUAGAAAGAAGGAAGCACAGCAGCGAGCAGCUAUUUCUGCGAUUCAACAACUCGGGAUUAAUACAGAUUUUAUUGCUUUUACCAGAAACGGAAUUGAAGCUAAUCCGAAAUCACAGUUAAAUGAGAUAUUACAGGAGCGUCAUAUCAGGAAUAUCAAAUACAUUGAAAUAUCAAGGACAGGUCCUGCUCAUGAACCAACAUUUACAGUACAGCUCUUUAUAAACGAUACACCGUGCGCAAUAGGAACAGGCAAUAGCAAACAGAAUGCCGAACGAUCCGCGGCCCGACAAAUAUUGGAACAAAUUGAUGAAGGAAGUCUUAGUUUUUCUCAUAUUUCAGAUCAGGAUAGCAACGAUGAGAGCUGUCAUGCCAUUCCAAAAGAUGCAAAGUGUAUACUCAAUGAUUGGGUCCAGUCGAGACGGAAAUCUAUCUCUUAUGAACAGGCUGACAAAUAUGGCCCGGACCAUGAUUUAAGAUUUGAAGUUGACCUGUACAUUGGUGGUGAAAUUAUAUCAUCAGGAUUUGGGACUAGUCUACAAAGAGCAGAACUGGACGCUGCAAACAAAGCUGUACAACAGAUAUCAGAAGAAUGUGGGGAUUGUUAUCCUAGAAUGAAUUUCCCCAGAUAUGUACGCUUGCCACAUUAUGAUGAACUAGCGAUGAUCACUCAUAAAACAUUUGAAUCAGUAACACACAAUGUCAUCGUCAGUAUCGAUAAAGAAUCGGUGGUAGCAUCGAUUAUCAUGGAGAAUUGUCUGACUGGUCAGAAAACUGUCAUAAGUCUUGGAUCUGGCAAUGUUUUUGUGGAUGAGGAAUCUUUGGGAAAUAACGGAGAAGCUGUUAUUGACUCUCAUGCUGAAAUUAUUGCUAAAAGAGGAUUUCAAAGAGUAUUAUAUCAAGAAGUAUGCCGUUUAAAAAAAGAAGGAACAGAUACACUUGGAAUGCUGAAAGUUCUUCCCAAUGAUAGGAUAGCUUUACAAAAUGGUAUAAAACUCCAUCUAUAUAUAUCAAAGGCUCCGUGUGGAGACGGCAGUGUCUUUACAUUAAGUCAGCCUGGUUCCCAUACUGAUACUGGAAAUUUUCAUCGUCCAACUCAAUCAGACAAGAAACAAGGACUGUUGCGAGCUAAAAUCGCCAGAGGUGAAGGUGCCAUACCUGUGAGUGAGUUACCAGAUGAUAGACUACAUAAGAUGUCAUGUAGUGACAAGAUCUGUAAAUGGAAUGUACUAGGACUCCAGGGUGCUCUCUUAUCCAGUGUAAUGGACAGUCCACUUUUUCUUUCCUCUAUAGUCGUUGGUGAUGUCUACAAUUUCAAUCAUUUGUCCAGAGCCUUGUGCUGUCGAGUAAAGAAACAGCACCCGUGUAUAUCUAGUGAAACGAGUCCCGUAAUAGUUAAUCACCCAGACAUUGCUGUAUCUACUAUAUGUGAUUUACCCGAGAUAGGAAAAUCCAAGCCAGUUAGUGUAAACUGGAAUAUUGUCGAUGACACAACUGAAGUUACGAAUGGUAGAACUGGAAAAGUUAGCCCCGAUUUAUAUUUAACGUCACCGCCACCAGAUUCAUGCAAUUAUUCAAGACUGUGCAAGAAAGAAUUAUUUUGUCUGUAUAAAACAAUAACACAACCCCAUAACGGACUUCUUCAUCAACGUCUGGACAGACACAUAGAUUACCAUACGGCAAAACUAUCAGCUGAACAAUAUCAAAGAAGUAAAACUGAUUUGUAUAGUACCUUUAAAGAGAAAGGUUAUGGUAUGUGGGCAGGAAGAGAAGAUGUUGAUCAGUUUAGUGUUUAGAAUGUAAUCUGAACCACUUUCACUAUGACUUAAAUGUCGAACUGACGUGUUUUUGAUUGGAUGUGUUACAUUUUAAUUGAUUUUAAGUAAUGCUCUUUAAGUCGAGUUAUUUUUCGAGGAGUACAGUACAGUACACGAACAAAUUAUUUAUAAGUGUAAAAGUGUUUGUAAAGUACUGGUCUGUCACAGGUGUUAGGAACAUCGUUACUUUAUAAAAUAGCACAUUUAAGAACCAGUUUACUGAAUUGCAUACGUGUACCUCAUUUUAUUUACCAUUACAUUUAUUAAACGCUUAUAUCAACCAUAACCCGACAAACAUUCCCUAGAUACGUUUAACACAAAUGCUGUUUUGUUUUAAAAUGAGCUACACUACCAAUAAUUUACCCAUACUUUUUUGGUACAUUUCUACCCUCGUGCAUAUCA